CAUGAAGAUAAGGCUUUCCUUCUUCACAAACCAAAACCCCAUCCAAAAAAAAAAAACCAGACCACCCUCUUUCUCUGUUCACUUGCAGAGAAAGCUAGCUUGUUAGUUCAGAAACAUACACUAGAUCAAAACCAUGUCUUGUUCCAAUGUGACAAUGUGGGUGUCCUCUAAGCCCUCCCUCACUGACACCUCCACCCUCUCCUUUCGGUCUUCCCUCAGCCCUUUCCAGCUUCCUUCUCAGAACUCACUCACCGGCAACCCUACAAGAUCGUCCACCGUUACCUGUGGCCUCCGUGAGCUUCGUGAUCGUAUUGCCUCUGUGUCCAACACCAAGAAGAUCACCGAAGCCAUGAAGCUUGUGGCUGCUGCCAAAGUCCGCAGGGCUCAAGAAGCUGUCGUUAAUGGAAGACCCUUUUCGCAAACUCUAGUGGAAGUUCUUUACAACAUCAAUGAGCAGCUCCAAGUAGAAGACAUAGAUGCACCCCUCACCAAUGUUAGACCUGUCAAGAAGGUCGCUCUUGUUGUUGUGACUGGUGAUCGUGGUCUUUGUGGAGGUUUCAACAAUAUGAUCAUCAAAAAAGCCGAGAGGAGGAUUGCGGAGUUGAAGUCUCUUGGCCUUGAGUAUACUAUCGUGAGUGUUGGCAAGAAGGGUAACUCCUAUUUUGCACGUCGGCCUUAUAUUCCGGUUGAUAGGUUCAUUGAAGGAACCAAUCAACCUACCGCUAAGGAAGCACAGGCCAUAGCUGAUGAUGUUUUCUCUCUUUUCGUGAGUGAGGAAGUUGACAAGGUGGAGCUUCUCUACACAAAAUUUGUGUCAUUGGUGAAGUCUGAACCUGUGAUUCACACCUUGUUGCCACUAUCACCGAAAGGAGAGAUUUGCGACAUUAAUGGCACUUGUGUAGAUGCUGCUGAAGAUGAAUUCUUCAGAUUGACAACAAAAGAAGGGAAAUUGACUGUAGAGAGAGAUACAGCCACUACAGCCACCGUGGAUUUCUCUCCAAUUCUACAGUUUGAGCAGGAUCCGGUUCAGAUUCUCGAUGCUUUGCUGCCUUUGUACCUUAACAGUCAAGUUUUGAGGGCAUUGCAGGAGUCAUUGGCCAGUGAGCUAGCUGCCAGGAUGACUGCUAUGAGCAAUGCGUCGGAUAAUGCAGUCGAGUUGAAGAAGAACUUGUCGAGGGUUUACAACAGGCAGCGCCAGGCGAAAAUCACUGGGGAGAUCUUGGAGAUUGUUUCUGGUGCCAAUGCUUUAACCUAAGUAGGUAUGAUAUGAUAUGGCCACUGCUCACGUUAUAUAUGCAGAUUUCUUCACACUUCAUUGUUACGUUUCUCAGCGCUGCGUAUAAACUUUGUGUGCACAAUGAGAAGCGCAAUCCAAAUGUUAUUUUGGUUUUGGAACCAAAUUAAGAGCAUUUCAUUCCACCACAUAUGUAUGCCAUUUUUUCUAUAUCCUAGUUAAUAAUACUAUGCUAAUGUAAUUAAGGUUUAUACAUUCCGCAACUUUGAUUCAUCAAU